AUGUCAACCGAAAGGGAAAAAACAGAUUUUCCACAAACACUUAUUGGUAAUGGUGAUAAGUUAAGACGUUUCAAUCCAAAAUGGUACACAAAAAAGCAUGGAAAUUGGUUAGAAUAUAGUGUCAAAGCUGAUAGAGUGUAUUGCUUAUAUUGUUACUUAUUCAAAGAAAGUGGACAAAAAGAUGCAUUUGCGAUUGAAGGGGUACAAUGUUGGCAUAGGAAAGAAGAAAGAUUCGAAAGUCAUGUUGGAUUGCUGAAUGGCGGAUUACCUUUUCGAGGUCAUGAUGAAUCUGAAGCAUCUUUAUAUAGAGGACAUUUCAUAGAGUUUUUAAAAUUGUUCGCACAAAUACAUGAAGAAAUUGGAAAGUACAUAUUAAGUAAUGCUCCGAAGAAUUGCCAAAUGACGGUUCCAUCAAUACAAAAAGACAUUUGUAAUUGUUUUGCAGAAGAAGUGUUAAAGAUGAUAUUUGAAGAGCUUGGUGCUGAUGUCUUUUCUUUAUUAGUUGAUGAAUCGAGGGAUAUUUCUAAAAAUGAACAAAUGGCAGUGGUUUUGAGAUAUGUUGAUAAAUUAGGAUUUGUGAAGGAGCGAUAUAUUGGUGUAGUUCAUGUUACGGAAACAACCGCAUUAUCUCUUAAAUCCGCAAUUGAUGAAUUAUUUGCUCACCGCAAUUUGAGUUUGGGUAGGGUUAGAGGCCAAGGAUAUGACGGUGCAAGCAACAUGUCCGAUUUGCUAAGAGAAAGUCAAAGAGAGCUUUUGGCAUUGAAUCUGGAAGUUGUAAUCGGAAGUGUAAAUAAUCAAGAAAUGGCACUUACAAGACCCGGAGAUACACGUUGGAGCUCUCACGAAAAAACACUUCUUCGUUUGCUUACCUUAUAUCCUUGUGUUAUUGAAGUGCUUGAAUAUAUAGAAACUUCGGCAUGGGAACCAAUUCACAAAACUCAAGCAAAUGGACUUCAAUUAUACAUGAAAAGUUUUAAGUUUGUAUUUUAUUUACAUUUGAUGAAACAUAUCUUGGGAGUUACUAACUUAUUGUGUGUCGCUCUUCAAAGAAAGAAUCAAGAUAUUUUGAAUGCAGUUGAGCUGGUUAGAUCAACCAAAGAAGAAUUACAAAGGUAUCGACUUGAAGGCUUUGACUCACUUUUAAAAGAUGUCACAUCCUUUUGUGACAAGUAUGAUAUUGAGAUGAUUAACAUGGAAGAUGAGUAUGUUGACCCGAAAAACAGAAGAAGAAAGACCAACAUCACCAAUCGUCAUCAUUUUGUGGUCAAUAAUUUUAACACGGUUCUCGACAUGCAAAUUCAAGAGCUUGGAAACCGUUUUAACGAGGUAACCACUAACUUGCUUACGUAUAUGAGUUCUUUGAGCCCGCGUAAUAAUUUUAGUUCCUUUAAUAAACUAAACUUGCUAAAGUUGGCCGAAAUGUAUCCGUAUGAUUUUACUUUUGAUGAAAAAGAUAAGCUUAUCGAUGAACUCGGCCACUACAUUUCUAAUAUGAAAAAAGAUAGUCGGUUUGAUAACCUGAAUGGGGUUAGUGAUCUUGCCAAAAGGAUGGUGGAAACAAGGAAACACAUUGAGUAUCAGUUGGUCUAUGGGUUUUCUCAAGAUAAGAAGGUGAAGAAGAAAAGUGUACUGUUCAGGUGUGCGUGA